UCAUAAUAGUGUUUGUGUGGGAUGAUGUUCAUAAAUUAACGAAAGUCACAUUAAUAACAUAUUUUUCUUUUCUCUUCUUUUUCAUCAGCAUAUUUGAUUCCUCUUUCUCUUCAGUUCGUUUCUCGGUUCACUGAUACUAUUUUCCAAUUUCUUUUUCUUCUUCAGUUCUUUUUGUUCCUAAUCUCCCCUGAAGAUGGAGAUUAUAGAGUGUGAAGGCAGUUGAUCUCACUGUACCCGAUGGCUCUAACCUUCAGAGAAGUCAUCGCGGUGGAAAGGACGGCAGCCGUGGUGGUAAAGGUUACGAAGGUAGAAGCGGUGGCGACGACGGCUAUGGUGGUAGAGGAGUCUAAGGCAGCAUGGCUCUGACUGGUCGCCGUGGAGUUUAUCGCGGGGGUGAAUAAGGGGGAGGAUGUGAUGACAGUCGUGCAUGCUAAAGCACAUUGUGGAAUGGGUCAAGGUAUGCAACCAGGGAGGAGGCGGACGCAGAGACAGGUUUGGCGGCGUUUGUGCCGGCAGCAGAUGCUACAACCAUAGGCAUCUGUGGGCAUUUUGCAACAAGCUGCCCAACGUUAGGGCAUGGAUUGAAGACCAAAUGCAUUAGAUGAAUCUGAAAUUUUUACAAGGGUAUACCGUAUUUGAAGCUUGCUAAUGAGGGGUUUGUUUGCUAUUGGUAAUGGAUGCAAGAAGUUAAGGAAUCUAAUACUAAGGCACAAGGGUUUGGAAGCAAUCGCUACCGGAUGCAAGGAACUUACACAUCUUGAAGUCAAUGGACGUCACAACAUUCGAGCUUUGGGGCUAGAAUCCAUUGGAAGAUAUUGCCAAUAUGAUGGAGAAGGAUGCAAGUUCCUACAAACUCUUCAACAGGUAGAUUACUCAAACCUUGGGGAUGAUGCUAUAUGUGGUAUACCUAUUGGCUGUAGGAAUUUAAAGAAACUUCAUAUCCAUUGCUGUUAUGAGGUACUUCAUUUGCAUGGCUAUUUGGUUUACCAUGUUAAACUUCAUUUAAAAACGAAUAUUUUUGGGAUGGCUUGCUUUCAAAAUACUCUCUGUGUAAUGUAA